AUGGCUGUCAAUCAAGACACACCUUCUUCAACUAGUGGAACCUCAACUGAAAAUGUCACCAAUCUUGUUGAUGGAACUACCACAAUCAUGACCACAAAUCUAGUUGAUGGAGGCCAUCCUUAUUUCCUCAAUUCUUCUGAUUCACCUGGAAUGAAUCUCAUUAAUGUUAGUUUUGAUGAUGAAAGCUCACCUCUAUUUGAGCAGUGGAGAAGAUGCAAUGACAUGGUCAUUGAUUGGUUGUUGAAUUCCUUGAGCAAAGACAUAGUUGAGAGUGUGAUUUACUCUCAGACUAUUGAAGAACUUUGGAGUGAGUUGGAAAAAAGGUAUGAACAGGCUGAUGGUGCAAAGUUGUUCCAACUACAAAGGGAACUCAACAAUAUCUCACAAGGAACCAAUGAUGUUGCAGCAUACUUUACUAGAAUAAAUAGGAUCUGGGAUCAAAUGAAGGUGCUUAAUACUUUCAUGACUUGUUGUUGUGAAUACAAAUGUGGGGCUAAGACUCACAACUACAAGAUGAAUAAGGAUCAGAAGUUGAUCCAAUUUUUGAUGGGACUCAAUGAGGGAUAUUCUAGUGCAAGAGGAAACAUCCUUAUGAUGAAGCCUCUAACUACCACUUCCCAAGCAUACUCUAUCAUUUUACAUGAAGAAUCUCAGAGGGAAGUGCAUUCUGGUAACCAAGUCAUCACUGUAAGUACUGAAUCCAGUGUUUUCAAUGUUAACACACACAAGUGGAAUGCACAGAAAAGCAACAAUGAGUAUAGGGGAGGAAAUCAGAACAUUAACAAUGAAGCAAGGAAAAAUAAUAUAUUCUGCUCAUACUGUAAGAAGCCAGACACCAUAAAUAAAAAUGAUACAAACUUUUUGGGUACCCACAGCCUUUCAAGUUCACUAAACCAAAGAGAAACUAUGGAAAUACACAAGCAAAUGCAGCAUCUAUUGAGGAAGGUGAAGGAUCAGAGGGUGCAGCCAUUUCUGGAAGUCUGGGGCUCUAAUGGUUUAGGUUCAGAUGCUAAUGCUAGUGCUAAUUUUGUGGGUAAAUGCUUUGCUUUUCACACAUUUAUAUCCUGUUUUACUAGCCUCUCAAGCUCCAAAUUUUGGAUCACUGAUUCUGGGGCUUCUCAACAUAUGACACAUAAUAGAACACUCUUAAAGAAUUUUAAAGAACUUACAGUCCUUAUUCAGGUUAAAUUACCAAAUUCUUAUAAAGUUAAAGUUACCAGCUUAGGAAGUGUAUCCUUGUCACUUGACCUUGAACUACACAAUGUGCUUUACAUCCCAAGCUUCAGGCAUAAUCUAUUAUUUGUUAAUCAACUGUGUAAGCAGCCUAACUGUGAUGUUAUUCUUAACAAGGUUGCAUGUCUUGUACAUGCCCCUUCUCUGAAGAGGCAAAUGUUGCUUGGCGAAGUUUUUACUGGUCUCUAUAUGCUGGAAGAUCUUUUAACUCAGUCUCGAUCUGGUCUCAACCUCUUCCGGUCUUAA